AUGAAUGCCCCAUUUAGAUUUGAACUUUUCAUUUUACCGGAUGGUGUUGAAAAAAUCCAAAUCACCCCUGAUACCAAAGUACCAAACGCUGCAUUAAUUAAAAUAGAGAGAGAGGACCAUACGUUAGCCAAUAUGUUGCGUGCUCAAUUACUCAAAGAUGAAAGAGUGUUGUUCGCUGCCUAUAAAGUUGAGCAUCCGCUUUUCGCAAACUUUGUGCUCAGAAUUCAGACUGAGGAUGAUUAUUCGCCAAAGGAAGCCUUGAAAAAUGCUUGCUCCUCGUUAAUAUCCGAAUUAGAUAUCAUCAAGACCAAAUUCAAAGACGAAUGGGCUCUUAAGUCUUUGUUGAACAGUAAUGAUAACGAAUAUUAA